AUGUCUCUGAAGACUGUUUUAGGAUUAAUUGUGAUAAUUUUAGUAUUUCUCACGUAUUGGAUUAAAAAAAAGUUUGCAAAGCUAGAUGAACUUGGUUUUGUGCAUGAGAAACCGUCAUUUCCACUAGGAAAUUUAAAUGGAAUUGGGACCAAGUAUCAUAUGGUGGAUAUUCUGCGCAGAUUGUAUAAUAAAUUCAAUGAAAAGGCACCAAUCCAUGGAAUUUAUUUAUUCUUCAAUUCCAAUUUCGCAAUAACAGACUUGGAAUUGAUUAAAGAUAUCCUUAUAAGAGACUUUGACGUCUUCCAUAACCGUGGGAUUUUUAAUUCAAAGGAGCAUGAUCCACUGACAACCCAUUUAUUUGCACUAGAAGAUCAAGAAUGGAAAGUAAUGAGACACAAGCUGCUACCAACAUACACGAGUGGAAAAAUGAAGAUGAUGUUCAAUACAAUGUUAGAUGUGUCUACGCACAUGAUCGAGAAUCUAAAAUCACAUCCAAAUCUUGAUGAUGUAGAUAUAAAAGAAGUUCUUGCACGUUAUAUGACUGACGUUGUAGGAAAUGUUGCAUUUGGCCUUGAAAUGAAUGCGAUCAGUAAACCUGAUUCAAAAUUCAGACAAAUGGGACGAAAAGUUUUUAAAACAAGAAAUUUUAUGGCUCAGGUGCUUUUGUUUACAAAUUUUAGGAACUUGGCACGUUUACUUGGCAUUCGACUGUUUCCAAAAGAUGUUUCAGACUUUUUCAGAGAAAUUGUAAAGGAAACUGUCAAGUAUCGACGUGAAAAUAAUAUCGAACGCAACGAUGCACUUAAUUUAUUAAUGAAAAUUGGAACUGUUGGUCGCGAGGGAGAAGAAAAGUUGACUUUGGAUGAAAUUGCGGCACAAUGCUUUUUAUUUUUUGUUGCUGGAUAUGAGACAAGUUCAAGUACUUCAAGUUUCACACUUUUUAAUUUAGUUCAGAAUCCAGAAAUUCAAGAGAAUCUAAGAAAUGAGAUUAAAACUGUUUUGGCUAAUUACGACAAUAAAGUCACUUAUGAGGCUCUUAAGGAAAUGAAGCUUUUGCAGAUGGUAAUUGAUGAAACUCUCCGAAUGUAUCCACCUGGCGCUAUUGGACUCAGGAAGGCUUCAAGAGAUUACAAAAUUAGAAACUCUAAGCUCGUCAUUCCUAAAGAUUCUUUGGUUAUAAUUCCAAUUUUUUCGAUUCAUAAUGAUCCAAAAAAUUAUCCAGAGCCUGAAAAAUUCAAUCCACAGAGGUUUAAUGAAGAGAACAAGGCUAAAAGGCAUCCGAUGGCUCAUAUUCCUUUCGGAAAUGGACCAAGAAACUGCAUUGGAGAUAGAUUCGCAAUGACGCAAACUAAAAUAGCACUUAUUCAACUUUUAAUUAAUUUUCGAUUCUUAAAAACGAACAAGACACCUGAUCACAUAAUUUUUGACGCAAAACAUCCAGUUCUAUCAUCUGCAAAACCUAUAUGCUUAAAAGUUUUCGAAUUGUAA